AUGUCAUACCCUGAGAAAUUUGAAGGCAUCGCUAUUCAAUCGCACGAAGAUUGGAAAAACCCUAGGAAGACGAAGUACGAUCCAAAGCCAUUCUAUGAUCACGAUGUCGACAUCAAGAUCGAGGCAUGUGGUGUCUGCGGCAGUGACGUCCAUUGUGCGGCAGGGCAUUGGGGAAAUAAGCAAUUGCCCCUGGUCGUUGGUCAUGAAAUUGUCGGUAAAGUCGUCAAACUAGGGCCAAAAUCGAACAGUGGUCUGAAAAUCGGCCAGCGUGUUGGUGUAGGUGCUCAAGUUUUUUCGUGCUUAGAGUGUAACCGUUGUAAGAGUGAUAACGAGCCAUACUGUACCAAGUUUGUUACUACAUAUAGUCAGCCUUACGAAGAUGGGUAUGUGUCACAAGGUGGGUAUGCCAAUUAUGUCAGAGUUCAUGAACAUUUCGUGGUGCCCGUCCCAAAAAAUAUCCCAUCUCAUUUAGCGGCUCCGCUAUUGUGUGGUGGAUUGACCGUGUACUCUCCUUUAAUCCGUAAUGGCUGUGGUCCAGGUAAAAAAGUUGGUAUAGUUGGUUUUGGUGGUAUUGGUAGCAUGGGUAGUUUGAUUGCCAAAGCUAUGGGUGCAGAAACGUAUGUUAUCUCUCGUUCCUCAAAGAAGAAGGAGGACGCCAUGAAGAUGGGUGCCGAUCACUACAUUGCUACACUUGAGGAAGAAGACUGGGGUGAAAAAUACUUUGACACUUUCGAUUUAAUUGUCGUUUGCGCUUCCUCUUUGACAGGUAUUGACUUUAACGUUAUGCCUAAGGCCAUGAAGGUAGGCGGCAGAAUUGUCUCGAUAUCUAUACCAGAACAACACGAGAUGUUGACGUUGAAGCCAUACGGCUUAAAGGCGGUCUCUAUUUCUUACAGUGCUUUAGGUUCGAUCAAAGAAUUGAAGCAACUCCUAAAAUUGGUCUCUGAAAACGAUAUCAAAAUUUGGGUGGAAACUUUACCAAUUGGUGAAGCUGGUGUCCACGAAGCUCUUGAAAGGAUGGAAAAGGGUGACGUCAGAUAUAGAUUUACUUUAAUCGACUACGAUAAGGAAUUUCCAAACUAA